GUCAAUAACAUCAUGUCGGACGAAGUGCCCCCCACCCCGGACACCGGCAGCAACAACGACGACAAGAAGAAGGCCGAGGCCAUCACGAUCCGCGUGAAGGACCAGUCGGGCGAGGAGACGUUCUUCAAGGUGAAGCCCAACACGAAGAUGGAGAAGAUCUUCUCCGCCUACGCCCAGCGCAAGGGCGUGCCCGCCAGCGCGCUGCGCUUCCUGCUGGACGGCACGCGCAUCAGCGGCGACCAGACGCCCAAGAUGCUGGAGCUCGAGGACCAGGACCAGAUCGACUGCGCGCUGGAGCAGGUCGGCGGCUUCCGGUGCUAAGUCCGUUGUGUGUGAUAAGAGAGAGAAGAGAGCGAGUUGUUGAAGAAGAAGAAGAAGAAGAAGAGAGAGGACGGCAGCAAUAAGGAGGAGAAGAAGCAACUCGGCUCUCGUCGGUGUCCAUUCGCAGCAAUCUUCACGUCCUUGCGAGCUGGGCUGGCAACACAUGUGCUAUGACGUCGGGUAGCUUGCUGCCUUUGGAGGUGCUGGGCCGGUCAUUCCCAAGCGUAACGCGAGGACUUGCUCCUCCCGAGACGACGAAAGAGCCGGCCGAGUACAUGCAGUGGUGACUCCUCGACGCACUGUUGAAUGCAAGCCCAGCACUGUC